CCUCUCUCUCUCUCUCCCCUGAAACUCCUUCUGGAAGAGAGGAAAAAAAAAAGAAAAUUUGACUAGAAAAAAGAGACGAAAUGGGAAAACUUCUCUGCGAUUCAACCGCCAUUGCUGAAACUUUCCAAUCUCCCUCACCGGGUAUUCCAUGGAGAGAUCCGACCUUGGCUUCUUUCGAUACCCCCGAGACAGCCGGUGUCGCAGAUAAUGCAAGCUGGGAAACUGUAAGCGGUUUAGAGGACCAGCAAAAGCGUUAUUUGCAGAGACUCCAUACAAAGGGAGUUCUAUGGAAGCACCCACAGGGCGACAACCUCUCUUCGACCAGAUCGAUGAUUUUCCGGCUAUCGCAUGGGGGUGAUGUUGAAGCCGACGGAAACUGCCUCUUCACAGCGUCGCAGAAAGCCAUGGGGAUGCCGAUCGAUGCCAGAGAGCUUCGGCGGAGAACGGUCAGGAGAUUCUUGGAAGAUCUCGGAUCCGAUGAUUCUCAGGACAGAGCUUCAAUUGAUGCGGCGAUUAAGCAUCUUUACUCCCCCGAUUUGAAAGCUGGUUGGGGUAUUCAUGUUGUGCAGGAGGUAAAAUUGUUGGCCAAGAAGGAAGAUCGAGUGAGUCUAGAUGUUGCCAUCAACGAGCUCGUUGAUCUUGGCUUGCAAAGGGAAAUGGCUGCGGAAUCCAUAUAUAAAGAGCGAUGCAUUGCCGUGGAUGAUGGCCUGAGUUGGGCCAAAUACAUGUCUAUCUCCGGUAGUCCAGACGAUGAGUAUGACAUCAUCACUUUGCAAUAUACUGAGGAGGGCUUAUUAACUGUAGAUGAUAACAGAGAAGGACGAGCGGCAGCUUUUGGAGACGAUAUAGCGAUAGAGAGCCUGGCAACUGAGUUCAAGAGGGAGAUAUAUGUGGUUCAAGCACAUGGGUCAGAUGGAAUGGUCGAUGAAGAAAAUUGUGUCUUCUUCCUUCCUCACCGUCCUAGAAGUCAAAUUUGUGAACUUCCAUUUUUUCUUUUCAUGAAAGGGACAGGUUGGUGCGGUGCUGGAGCUGAUCACUAUGAGCCUCUGAUAGCCCAUCCUGCUCCAUUUGUUUCCCAAGAAAAGGCUGCUGUUGUACUCUGAGGAAGCCAAUUAGUCCUUCAGUUUUGUGGCUUAGAGGUUAAAUAGAGUUAGCCAGUUAGAGACUUUUUAUUUUGUUUAUUUCUUUUUAUUUUAAAAUGCUUUGGCAGUAACAUAGUCCUCGCAAUUCUUUUGCGGGUUGCAAGGAAAAAUUCCAUUGCACACCUUCCAUUUUUAACCAGAUUUGUUUUUUUUUUUUUUUCACUUUUGACUCUAACCAGCAGGUCUAUGUGCCUGCACUUGAGACCCCCUCUGUAGCAGUACAUCUGUAUUGUUUUUGCCGGCCUUCUAUUGUUGAUUUGAGGUUUUGGAGAUUGACUGAACAUUCUGUAUUGCUACCCUUGUGUUGUAUCUUUUUUACUUUAGCUGAAUAGUGAAUUUUACUAUUUGUUAAUGCA